CCCUAAGUUCAUUCUGCAGGUUUGCACAUAAUAACUGGGUUGUUUAACAGACACCAGCAUUUUUUUGUACUUUAGACUCACUAGCUGCAAACAGGCUUGUCGGCAGGAAAACUGAACAGGUUGAAGAAUGGCAGUUCGUCCAGUCCAGAGCAACAUAGAAAAGGUUCCAGACUUUGUCCAUAUGAAUGACCUGGCUUGUGAGUCCACAGGGGCAAAGGUCCUUUUUGCAACAGAUGAUUGGUUUGCAACUGCAGAGAAUCUUUUGAAGUCUGAAGCACCACAAUGGAAGGCACAUGAAUUUACAAACUUUGGCAAAUGGAUGGAUGGUUGGGAAACCAGGAGAAAACGAAUUCCAGGUCAUGACUGGUGUGUUAUCCAGCUGGGUGUGCCUGGAGUCAUCCAUGGAAUUGAUGUCGAUACAUCUUACUUCACUGGCAAUUAUGCUCCUCGUAUGUCAAUUCAAGCAGCAUGCCUAAAAGCCGAUGCAGUUCCGGACCUAAUGCUACGGGGAGAGAGAAUCGGAACUGCUGCUUCAGAGGUGGAAUCUGAAGCCAUUGGGAAGUUGAAAUCGGAGGUCUGGACCGAGUUAGUUCCAAUGACAAUCCUACACCCAGGCUAUGUGGACACCUGCCACAAUUAUUUUCCUGUUCAACAGCAUAAGCGAUGGACUCACAUCCGACUUAACAUGUAUCCAGAUGGUGGAAUUGCACGGCUUAGACUUUAUGGCAUUGGCCACAAUGACUGGACGGCAGUUUCACAGAAGCAAACAGUGGAUUUGGUUGCAAUGACAAAUGGAGGUGUAUGCGUGGGAUUCAGCAAUGCUCACUUUGGACACCCUAAUAACAUUAUAGGCAUUGGAAGGUCUAAGGUUAUGUCUGAUGGUUGGGAAACUGCCCGGAGACUGGACAGACCAGCAGUAUUAAAGGCAGAUGACCAGGGCAUUCUACAGGUACCUGGUUGUGAAUGGGCUAUUUUUAAACUGGGGCAUCCUGGUGUAAUAACACACAUUGAGAUUGACACGAGCCAUUUCAAAGGUAACUUCCCAGAUAGUUGCCUAAUUGAAGGGUGUGGCAUCACACCAGAGGAGGAGAGAAAAUGCAUUGAUGCAGAGUGGAAAAGCUGUGCCAGCUUGAAAUGGAAAAUACUGUUGCCAAUUACUAAGCUGAAGCCACACCAGCAGCACUUCUUCUCCAUCAAAAUGGAAGAUGUUGCAACUCACACACGGCUGACGAUGAGACCAGAUGGUGGGAUCAGCAGGAUGCGGCUUGUGGGACGUCCUUCCCCUCUGCUCCCGGUGAAUCUGUGAAGCCUCUCAAAAUGUAUUGCAAAUUCAUCCCCUUGUUACCGAAUCAGCUUUGCUAGAAGCCAAAUUGUCGUAGUCUGCCAACCUUCCCUCAUUUCCCCGGUGUGCCCUAUAUGGAAUGGAAUACUUUAUUGUCACAUGUGACAAGGCAAGGUGAAAUUCUUUGCUUGCAUACCCAGGGUACACAAAUGGCCGCUAUAUAUGGCGCUGACAAAGUUACAAAGUACCCCAUGCUGGGUCCUCCUUUGCUCUUCCCCCCACUCCCCCUCACGGCGGUUCCCCCUCGCCCUCACCGACUGCCGACCACGGGUCAACCCGCCAAGCUUUGACGCCACUGAGGCCUCAUCACCAUGAGACUUUACCGCCACCACUGAGGCUUCACCACUGCCAAGGUCCCAUCACUGCCGCCGAGGCUAAAAAUGAUUUGUCCCCUGAGUAAAAUGUCCGUCAUACAGCAUAUCAAUCGUGCGACAUUUACUGUAGUUUCUGCAGCUGCAUGUGUUGUGGGAUAUUGAUGCAAUAUAAACGUACUAGCAGACCUGAUCUUGUGUUUCUAAAACAUGUAAAUUAGAGGUCCAAAUCCACAUGCAUAUCUUGGUCAACAUCUGCUCCUCCUUUGCUGAAUUAUUUGAAGGGUUUCAACUUUUCUCUCAGCUGUAAUUCUUGGUUUAGUUAUUUCUUUGCUUUUUAGAAACUUUAGGGAAAAAUUGGUCUCUUUUGGUUAUAAACUAAACUUAAAAUCAACUUUCAGUCCCUAUAAAACAAAACUCAGUCAAAAUAUUUAAUAAUAACCAAGUAUACACAUUCAAUGUCAUAUUAAUAAUGAAAGUAUCAGUUUGCCAGUACACAUUUGGACAAUACCACCGAUAAACAAAUGGCAUUGGUCAGAGGUCUGGAUGGACACUUUGAAAAACAUAUACAACACCUCGAAAGUAAGAUCAAUAAAAUAUAAAUUCUACACCUAUUGCCCACAAAGAAAAUCUGGUUAGGCUUUCACACUGUUUUGUUCUUGUUGGAUAAAAUCAAAAACACAAUUGCUUCCUCAUUGUAUUUUGAUGAGAGAACCUCCUCUGAUUAUUUGUGUCUAUGGUGGUUCCGCAUUCAAAUAGGACCCGGAGGCAUUUAUACCAUGUUGAACACUGACCUCCAUCAACAAGCACAGGAGAAAGCAGCAGACAUUUGCUAUUUGGUUGGUUUGCAGUGGCACUGGCUACAAAUUGAAUAUUUAAAGGGAAUUUAAGACCUUUUGCGUUUAAAUCAGAACCCCCCACACGGUCUGAAUUCUUCAUGGGUUCUCCCUUGUACCUGCUGGAGGCUGGUGUACUCUGGAGACCCCUCCUUCAUCCAUGCGGAGGGGGUGUCAGUACAGGACUGGCCCUCAGUCCGGAAGUGAAAGCAAGGACUUGAGCUUUUUUUGUUUUAAUCCAUCGGUCUCUCUUUGUCUGAUUUAGUCCACCAUUGGAUGUAGUGGCCAGAGUUCUCUGGAAAAAUUUCUCACACUUGGGUAACAUGAUGAAACUCGCUGUACUGGGUGUAAUAUACACAUUUACCAUGUGGUAGCAUAAUGUCCGUGGUGUCACUAUAUGAACAAUAUGCUCAUGUCAAAUUCACUUCUGUAAUUAUAAAGGGGAUAACAUGGGUCAUGGCUGGAUGCAGCUAUCAGAAAACUGUGCAAGUGAAACAAAUCUUAACUGAAUUGUAGCACAUUUCUGCUAAAUAAAAUGAUGUAAUCUUCA